AUCAAGCUUGUUUAUUUCAUCAGAAAUGUUUUUUACAAUCUCAAGAAAAAAUAUGUCCCAGAAAUUGAGUUUAUUAUUGCUUGUGUUUGGACUCAUUUGGGGAGUGAUGUUGCUGCACUAUACUUCCCAGCAACCAAGACAUCAAAGCAAUGUCAAGUUACAUGAACAAAUACUAGAUUUAAGCAAAAGAUAUGUGAAAGCUCUUGCAGAGGAAAAUAAGGACACAGUGGAUGUUGAGAAUGGUGCUUCUAUGGCAGGAUAUGCUGAUCUGAAAAGAACAAUUGCUGUCCUUUUGGAUGACAUUUUGCAACGCUUGGUGAAGCUGGAGAACAAAGUCGACUAUUUUGUUGUGAAUGGCUCAGCCACCAACACUACCAAUGGCACUAAUGGAAAUUUGAUGCCAGUAACCACAAAUAAAAGGAUAAAUGCCUCGGGCAACAUUAGAUAGCA